AUGAAACGAAAAUUUGAAUCGGAUAAUAUUCAUAUUUCAUGGCGAAAUAUUGAUGAAACUAUAAAUCGUAUAUCAAAAAUGAUUAAUGAUCAUGAACGUUUUCUAACUGAAAUUAAGCGAACAAGUGGUGAUGGUUUACAAGGUAUUCGUAAUGAAUAUAAAAGUCUUGAGAAUUUUAAAAGAACAUUAGAUAAUGAUGAUAAAGAAAUUCAAAAAAUUGCAAAUUGUCAUUCAGUAAUUCUUCGUUUAUAUCCAACAGCUGAUUCAAAUAAUGAAAUCCGUAAUAGAAUAAAAGAUCUUAAUCAUCGUUGGAAAAUAUUAAAUGAAACAGUUCAUGAAACACUAAAACAUCUUAAAUAUAUGUUAAGUAUUCAUGGUGAUUUUCAAUUAACACAAGAUUCAUUAUUACUUUGGUUAACAGAUCUUGAUGUACUUUUAACAAAUCUUGAAUAUUUAUCUGAAGCACCAACAAAUGAAAAAAUUCGACAAUUACAUGAUAUGGAUCGUGAAAUUCAAGAAAAACAAGCAAAAAUUGAAUAUGUCCAAAAAUGUGCUAAUUAUUUACUUAAUAAAACUGUUGAUGCUCGUGGUUUAACAAUAAAUAUGAAUGAAUUAGAUAAAUUUCUUCAACAAUUAAAAAAUUUAACAAAACGUAUUAGAAAAUUAAAACAAAAUUUAAUGAAUCCAAGUGAUCGUCAUUUGGAUUUAAUGAGUUCAGUUCGUAUUUCUACAUCACCAACACAUAAACGUUUAGCUUCUCCAUCGCCACCAAGAUCUCGAUCUCCAAAUCGUUAUCGCCGUAAUCGAGACCGUUUUCUUUGUUCAUAUGAUAAAAUUGAAUUAGAUGAUUGUCGUCAACGUGCAGAUAAACUUUUAGCUGAUUUUGAAGAUAUUCUUCUUCAAAUGAAUGCAGAUUUUCGUUCGAAAGAAGAAAUUUUUCAUUCUCCAAUACCAAUGGGCGCUCAAAUUGAAAACUUAUCUAUGGAUUUUACUUAUAAUCGAAUAUUAACAUCUACUCGAAGAAAAAUUGAUGCAUUACGUGAAUUUAUUCUUCAAAUAAAACAAGAAUUAGGUGCAUACUUAACUCAAGAUCUUAAUAAUGAUCCAAUGAUACUUGCUAAUAAUAAAGACGAUCAAUUAAAUCAAAAUCGUCAACGAUGGAAACAUUUUAAACGACAAUUAGAAGAUCUUGAACAAUCGACUCAAGAAUUUACAAAUUCUGAUCAUUUACCAUCACGAACAAUUUGUUCAACAUCUGGUGUAAAUCAACGAUUAGGUGAAUUUGAAAUACUUUUAAAAUCAACAAUUGAAUUAGCCAAUGAAUUUAAUAAUAAUUCAAAUGAAUGGAUAAUUAUUGAACAUCGUCUUCAAUUAAUAAAAGAUAAAUUUCAAUAUUUAUUAACAAGAUCAAAUCGUCAAUGUCGAGAAUUAAAAACAAAUUCUGAUAUAAAACAUGAAAUAUUAGAAAUUAAUUCUCAAUUAGAUCAUCUUGAAACAUUAACACAUUCAUUAGAACCAAUUGAUAAUAAUGAAAUAAAUCAAAAUACAAAUCGUACAAAACUUCAUCGUUUUAUUCGUAUUCAUGAUGAUCUUGAAAUUCUUAAUGAACGUUUAAUUAAAAUUAAUGAUUAUUCAUCAUCAAUUUUAUCAAAUGAUCAAAUACGUCAAACAAAUGAUUUAAAAUUAUUAUUUGAUCGUUUAAAUUCAAUAAAACGUAUUGUUAGAAUCUACUUUGAUCAAUUAGAAAAAUUAUUAGCACAAAAUGAAAUAAAUCAAAGUUUUUCACAAUUAAGAACAUCAAAAUAA